CACGCGCUUGUAGGUUGCGACGAACGUGACUUUCUGGCUGUAAAUGGAACCGUCCGACGCGUAAAUAUUUUACUAGCUGAAAUUUGUGCCGUAUGCAUGUGACAGGGCGCAGUAUUUAGCAUCAUGCUGUCUUUCCAUGCGGACAUCAUGCGGACUUUCGCAGCGGCGUGUUGAUGUCAGGUGAUAGGCAAUUUUAAGUUGCUCCAGCGUCCACAAAAAAUUAUGAAGAUUACGCAGUUUCUGCUGCUGCUUGCAAGCAUUACAUUGUCCAAGGUUCAAAGCGAAUAUGGUGUCUUAACAGUUGAGGACAUGAAGAAAAGGACAGCGCCCUUUGUGAAAACAUCGCAGGGCGCUGAAAUUUGUAUUAAGUACCUCCCAGAUAUGGUACCACUACCUAUAUUUCCGCAGAGUUUGGGCUACUUUCAACUUCUUGACAUGACCCAGCAUGAUGCGUGCUCAAGGAUACCGCCAGACGGCACAGAAGACGCAUUGCUUUUUGUGCGGCGUGGAAGUGACUGCAGCUUUGAUCAGGUUCUGCUGAACUUCGCAAAUCAUCAUCCAGCUGGGAUAUUGGUGUCCACGCCUGAUUUACGCCUGGGCCAUCUCGAAAUUAAAGACAGGACAAUACGGGACCUCAAAAUCGUUGUGGCGUUUAUUGAAGAGGCUUCUUUGAAGACAUUAAAGAAACUCUUCAAACCCAGCGAUGUCCUUGUGGGAAAGAUGUCCACCCAGAAGGUGCAGGAGCUCGACCUCAGCUUAGCUAUUAUUUGGUGCCUGGCCGUUCUCACCGUAGCUGUUGGCACAUAUAUGCCUGCGAACUCAAGGCACCACGGCUUGCGACACGUGGAGAAAAGGUGGUCCCUCGGCUACGUCGAUCCAAAACUGACGAACUCAGAAGAAAUGGCGCGUAUGAACGCCGAUAUUGAAAAUUAUAUAUCUCCCUUCGUGAUUGUCAUAUAUGUCUUCAUGAUGGCCACCACGCUUACUCUGUUGUACUUCUUCUAUGGCUAUAUGGUGUACGUUUUUAUCGUCAUAUUCACGAUUGCUUCAGCGAUGGCUGUUUAUAUCGUUUUGGAACCAGUUAUGCACAUGAGUCCAUUUGGCAAACAAAUAUACUGCGGGUCACCAGAAGUGUGGGAGGUGACACUCAUAGUAUUUUCAGUUACACUGUCAGUAACAUGGCUUGUAUUCCGGAACCAUCCUUCAUCCUGGAUCAUGCAGAACAUGCUCGGAAUUGCAUAUAUGAUAACACUGCUCAGAUUACUCCACCUACCCAACUUCAAGACUAUAACUCUUCUCUUGGCGAUGCUCUUCUACUACGACAUAUUCUUCGUCUUUAUUACGCCGUACUUCACAGCGAGUGGUGAGAGCAUCAUGGUACAAGUUGCGAAAGGAAUUGCUCAAGGGGCAUCAGGAAGUGGUUCCUUGGAGAAGCUUCCCGUAUUGUUGAAAGUGCCACAUAUAAGCAAUCGCGCCAUGUCGGCAUGUCUCGGUGGAUUUUCUUUGCUUGGUUAUGGGGACAUCGUGGUUCCAGGCUUGCUGCUCUCCUAUUGUCGACGGUUCGAUCUUCUGCAUCCGGCUGCGUCCCACUACUACAUCACUGCCUUAGUGUCUUACGCUGCGGGAUUGUCAGCGGCAUUCCUUGGACUCUACCUUAUGAAGACAGGACAACCUGCGUUGCUCUACCUUGUGCCAGCGACUGUGAUUCCAGUUUUCUGUAUGGCCUGGUGCAGAGGCCACCUCAACUGCUUUUGGAACGGUGUCAUGCAUUUUGAUGACAACGGAAUAUGUAGUUACAGCGCCGUUCCCGUAGAAAGCCCUACGCCUGAUCUGGACGCGUCAAAUCUGCCCGGACAUCAACCAGGCAAUAGCGGGCUUCGGGGAAUAUUGCCGUCUCGUUGACAUGAAACGACAUUACACCAGCCUUAUAGCUUCCAUUGAACUAUUAUAGUUUUAUUAGAUUUGGAAAAUCCGUUUGUCGUGGAGACUGCAGUAAACUCUUGACCUACAAGGAAUGAAGAUCUAUAAGCAGCGGACAAUAAAUGCUUCAAUAAAGGUUAUCACAUUUGUU